AUGCCACAAAACAAACAUAUUGAGUUACACCAUAAGCACUAUGGAUAUUGUUUGGAUUACCAUGAGAGAAAGAGAAAGGAGGAAGGUCGAGAGGCUCAUGAACGUUCAAAGAAGGUAAAAAAGAUGAUUGGUCUCAAAGAUAAACUCUACCAUAAACAGCGUCAUGCUGAGAAAAUACAGAGGAAAAAGACUAUCAUGAUGCAGGAAAAGAGAAACACCAAACAAAAGAAUGAUGGAAAGACUCUACCAGGAGCAGUACCUGUAUAUCCACUGGACAAAAAGGGACAGUCCCGAGGUAAAGUACUUCCCAAUAUGAUUAAACAAAAACAAAAAGAAAAAGCAGGAAAAUGGGAAGUCCCUCUGCCCAAAGUUCGUACCCAGGGAGAAACAGAGGUAUUAAAAGUUAUUCGAACAGGAAAGAGAAAGAAGAAAGUGUGGAAGAGGAUGGUUACUAAUGUCUGCUUUGUGGGAGACGGCUUUUCUUGA